GUCCUUCAAGAGGAGCGACCCUGUUAACCCUUACCACGUAGGUUCCGGCUACGUCUUUGCACCAGCCACCAGUGCCAACGAUAGUGAGAUAUCCAGCGACGCACUGACUGACGACUCCAUGUCCAUGACGGACAGUAGCGUAGAUGGAAUCCCUCCUUACCGCGUGGGGAGUAAGAAACAGCUCCAGAGAGAAAUGCAUCGCAGCGUGAAGGCCAAUGGCCAAGUGUCUCUACCUCAUUUCCCGAGAACCCACCGCCUGCCCAAGGAGAUGACCCCCGUGGACCCCGCUGCCUUCGCGGCCGAGCUGAUCUCCAGGCUGGAGAAACUGCAGCUGGAGCUGGCGAGUCGGCACAGCCUGGAGGAGCGGCUGCAGCAGAUGCGCGAGGAUGAAGAGAAGGAGGGGUCCGAGCUCGUGCUGGGCUUGCGGGAGGGGGCGCCCCCCCAGCACCCCCUCUCCCUCCUGCCCUCCGGCAGCUACGAAGAGGACCCGCAGACGAUUCUGGACGACCACCUGUCCAGGGUCCUCAAGACCCCGGGCUGCCAGUCCCCCGGCGUGGGCCGCUCCAGCCCCCGCUCCCGCUCCCCCGACCACCACCAUCACCAGCCGCUGUACCACCCCCUGCUGCCCCCCGGGGGCAAGCUGCCCCCCGCCGCCUCGCCAGCCGGCUGCCCCCUCCUCGGGGCCAAGGGCUUCGUGACCAAGCAGACCACGAAGCACGUGCACCACCACUACAUCCACCACCACGCCGUCCCCAAGACCAAGGAGGAGAUGGAGGCGGAGGCCGCACAGCGGGUGCGCUGCUUCUGUCCCGGGGGCCCCGAGUAUUACUGCUACCCCAAGUGCAAAAGCCACCCCAAGGCUCCGGAGCCCGGGCCUGCCGAGCAGUUCGGGGUAAGUGUUCGGGACGGCAGCCGAGGCAGCACCCUGCCCAGGCGCAGUGGCAGAGCCGCCCAGCCCAGCCCGGCCCCGGCCGCCAGGGAAGGAGCCGGGCUGCAGCUGCCCAGGGAGGACGGAGACAGGUCGCAGGAUGUCUGGCAGUGGAUGCUGGAGACCGAGCGGCCGAGCAAGCCCAGGCCCCAUAGCCGCCGGAGCACAAAAAAGGCCUCCCCCCUGGAGUCCGUCCGUGUGCCCCCCGCCGAGCGAGCCAGCCGGCACCACCUGUGGGGGGGCAGCAGCGGGCACUCCCGAGCCUCCGCCCGCGCCCACCUGUUUACCCAGGACCCUGCGAUGCCCCCCCUGACCCCUCCCAACACCCUGGCCCAGCUGGAGGAGGCCUGCCGCAGGCUGGCUGAGGUGUCCAAGCCCCCGAAGCAGCGGUGCUGCAUGGCCAGCCAGCAGAGGGACAGGAACCACGCGGCCACUGGUCAGACAGGAGCCGCGCCCUUCUCCGCCCCCGGCCUGGCCGCAGAAGAUCACAAAGAGCCAAAGAAGCCAGCGGGGGUCCACGCGCUCCAGGCCAGCGAGCUGGUCGUCACGUACUUCUUCUGUGGAGAAGAGAUUCCAUACAGGAGGAUGCUGAAGGCUCAGAGCUUGACCCUGGGCCACUUUAAAGAGCAGCUCAGCAAAAAGGGAAAUUAUAGGUAUUACUUCAAAAAAGCCAGCGACGAGUUUGCCUGUGGCGCGGUGUUUGAGGAGGUCUGGGACGACGAGACGGUACUCCCCAUGUACGAAGGCCGGAUCCUGGGCAAAGUGGAGCGGAUUGACUGAGUCUGCGGGUCUGGCCGUGGCCGGCCGCGGGAGCCCCGCAAGCGGUCCGGGACGUGAGCCACCGCCAUGCGACACAAAGAAGGAAUUUUAAAAAAAUAAAAAUGAAGACAAAGUCUAGGGAAGAGCUGGCCACUGGGCCUUCGGAGGGUGGGGGGAGGGUGGUUUUUCAUUAUUCAUGGGCUGGGUACUGAGAUAAGAAGAGCCUGAACUAUUUAUUAAAACCAUGACCACUCCUGGCUAUUGAAGAUGCUGACUGUAUCUGAGAGACGGCCAUCCGUAAUAUAUGACUUCCUAGGGACCUGAACCCAUAAACUAAGAGAAACUGUGUAUAGCUUCCCUGAACAGGAGCCCUUACUGAUAUUUAUUGAACAAGUGAUUACCCCUGCCC